CACUCUACCAAAAUGGCGGUUAAAAAUACCGCGAAAAGAAGUUCGCUGUCCCUCUAGUAUAUUAUCGUGACGCUAUUUAGCCAUGGCUGCCCCGUUACUAAGGAUUUUGUUGAAGUCUUGCAGGCAGUUGCCUCGUUCGAGCCGAAGCAGAUGGAGGAUCAGCUCUUCCAGAUCUCUUCAUGUGUCCUCCUCGGAGCACUCUGCUGCAGCAGGAGUCUCCUUUCCUCCUCUGCAGACUUAUUCAGAGGAGGAGGCUAUGAUGAAGGCAGCAGUGACUAAAUAUGCACAAGAGUGCAUUGCUCCAUUUGUGUCAAAGAUGGAUGAAGAUUCAGCAAUGGAUAAAGAAGUGAUAAAAUCUCUUUUUGAACAGGGUCUUAUGGGUAUUGAGAUCGACCCAGAAUAUGGUGGCACCGGCUCCUCAUUCUUCUCCUCCAUUCUGGUCAUUGAAGAGUUAGCAAAGGUGGAUGCCUCUGUGGCAGUGCUGUGUGACAUCCAGAACACACUGAUCAACACGCUGUUUAUGAAACUGGGAACCCCAGCUCAGAAAGAACAGUACCUCAGUCGACUGUCAACUGACAUGGUUGGAAGCUUCUGCUUGUCUGAGGCACAGUCGGGAAGUGACGCAUUUUCUUUGAAGACACAUGCUGAAAAACACAAAGACUACUAUCUUAUAAAUGGAUCCAAAUUGUGGAUCAGUAAUGCAGAUCAUGCAGGCGUGUUCCUGGUGAUGGCCAAUGUAGACCUCUCUGCUGGCUAUAGAGGUAUCACCUGCUUCAUAGUGGACCGGGACACGGAGGGGUUUGAGAUUGGAAAGAAGGAAAACAAGCUUGGCUUGCGUGCAUCCUCCACCUGCCCGCUCAACUUUGAUAAUGUCAAGGUACCAGAGAAUAACAUUUUGGGGCAAGUUGGUCAAGGGUACAAGUAUGCCAUUGGCAUGUUGAAUGAGGGCAGGAUCGGAAUUGCUGCUCAGAUGCUGGGGCUGGCUCAGGGAUGCUUUGACCACACUAUUCCAUAUACAAGACAGAGGAUGCAGUUUGGAAAACGUAUCUUUGACUUCCAGGGCAUGCAGCAUCAAAUAGCCCACGUAGCUACGCAGAUUGAAGCUGCUCGGCUGCUCACCUACAACGCUGCUCGUUUGAAAGAAGCUGGACGAUCUUUCAUUAAGGAGGCCUGCAUGGCCAAAUACUUUGCUGCGGAGGUUGCAACCCUAACCACGUCAAAAUGCAUCGAAUGGAUGGGAGCAUUCGGCUUCACCAAAGACUACCCCAUAGAGAAAUACUACAGAGACUGUAAAAUCGGUACCAUUUAUGAGGGCACGUCAAAUAUUCAGCUAUCCACUUUGGCUAAGUUUAUUGAUAAGGACUAUGAUAUCUGAUCUGACGUGGAGUCUAUACAAAGCACAGACUUUAAAGGUCACGAUUUGUGUUCUUCGGUGUUGCUGAGCUCCUGCAGUCCUGUGGUAGUUGCCCUUUUUGCCCAAUACUGAUGGAUACAUGGUUCCAUGUUCCAAACAUCAAA